CCCGCCAGGCUACCCUGGGCGCGCCCGCGCCGCCCCUCGGUCCCCUCAGUAGGGUCGCCUUGGCCCUUUGGUCCCAGAUCGGCAUGUCGCGCGCUCUGGAGCCCGAGCGGCGGCUCCUGGCCAUCUACACCGGCGGUACUAUCGGCAUGCGGAACGAGGGCGGCGUGCUCGUCCCUGGGAGGGGCCUGGCCGCUGUCUUGAGGACGCUGCCCAUGUUCCAUGAUGAGGACCACGCCCGGGCCCUUGGCCUCCCCGAGGACACCCUGGUGCUGCCGCCCGCCAGCCCUGACCAGAGGGUCAUCUACACGGUGCUGGAGUGCCAGCCCCUCUUCGACUCCAGUGACAUGACCAUCACCGAGUGGGUUCAGAUUGCCCAGACCAUCGAGAGACACUAUGGGCAGUACCACGGCUUCGUGGUCAUCCACGGCACCGACACCAUGGCCUUUGCGGCCUCCGUGCUCUCCUUCGUGCUGGAGAACCUGCAGAAAACCGUCAUCCUUACUGGCGCCCAGGUGCCCAUCCACGCCCUCUGGAACGAUGGCCGCGAGAAUCUGCUGGGGGCCCUGCUCAUGGCCGGCCAGUACGUGAUCCCCGAGGUCUGCCUGUUCUUCCAGAAUCAGCUGUUUCGGGGCAACCGAGUGACCAAGGUGGACUCGCGCAGGUUCGCAGCCUUCUGCUCCCCCAACCUGCCCCCUCUGGCCGUUGUGGGUGCUGACGUCACACUCAACCGGGAGCUGGUGCGGAAGGUGCGAGGGAAGGACCGGCUGGUGGUGCACGGCAGCAUGGAGCGUGACGUGGGGCUGCUGCGUCUCUACCCCGGCAUCCCCGCCGCCCUGGUCCGGGCCUUCCUGCAGCCCCCCCUGAAGGGCGUGGUCAUGGAGACGUUCGGCUCCGGGAACGGACCCACCAAGCCGGACCUGCUUCGAGAGCUUCGGGCGGCCACCGAGCGUGGCCUCAUCAUCCUCAACUGCACACACUGCCUUCAGGGCACUGUGACCUCUGGCUACGCGGCCGGCAUGGCCGUGGCGGGAGCUGGCGUCGUCUCAGGCUUCGACAUGACGUCAGAAGCCGCCAUGGCCAAGCUGUCCUACGUGCUGGGCCAGCCGGGGCUGAGCCUCGGCAGCAGGAAGCAGCUGCUGGCCAGGGACCUGCGCGGGGAGAUGACGCUGCCCUCGGGGGACGAGCACCGGCCCUCGCCGACUGUCCGCGCGCUGGGCAUGGAGGUGACGCAGCUCCUCAGCCUGAGCCAGGAGGCCGAUGCUGUGCGUGACGCCCUGACUCCUGGCCUGGCCUGCGCCGCGGCCCGAGCUGGCAAUCUGGACGUGCUGCGGGCGCUCGUGGAGCUGGGCAGUGACCUGAGCCAAGAGAACUUUAACGGUCAGACCCCUCUGCAUGCGGCCGCCCGGGGAGGUCACCCUGAGGUGGUGUCCAUGCUGUUGCAGAGAGGGGUGGAUGUGAGCGCCCAAGAUGAGGAUGGACUGAGCCCGCUGCUGCUGGCGGUGAAGGGCAGGCAUCAGGAUGUCAUUGGGCUGCUGCGGGCAGCUGGGGCCUCCCUGUCCCCUGAGGAGCUGGAGGACUCAGGGACGGAGCUGUGCAGGCUGGCAUCCAGGGCAGACCUCGAAGGCCUGCAGUCAUGGUGGCGGGCGGGGGCCGACCUGGGUUGCCCAGGCUACGACGGGCGCAGUGCCCUGCUUGUUGCAGAAGCAGCGGGGAACCUGGAAGCGGUGACCUUUCUGCAGAACCUCCAGGGAGGAGCCGGUGUCCAGGCCUCAGGCCCAGGAAGAGGUCUCAGAGACCAAUUUUCGGGAAGUGCUGCCUGGAGUCUAACCUGAAGCUGCCUUGCUGCUGAACACGCCUUUCCUUCCUGCUGUGGCUGCUGGAGGGGCGCCGCACCCCGCCCUGACUGGGACGUGUCCCCCACUGCCCCCCACGCAGCCUAAAGGUCUUGGUUGGGCAGAGUGGCAAUAAAGUUUCUCUGGGGACCCCUCGGUCCCCAGACCCCAG